AUACGACUUCAUAUUCUUAUUCACAAAUUUUUGUUCUUUAAGAUUUAAAAGGAACUUCUACAGUGGAUAGGAAGGGUUUAUAAUGGCAGUGUCUGGCAGAAAGGCACCCCAGAAGUUUGCUUCUUCAAUGUCGAGAGGUUCUGGUGAGGACUUCGAAAUUUUCUGUCAGCCAUGCGACAGAGAUGAUAUCAGACUUCUGUGUAGAUUGUGAAGAGCAUCUAUGUGAAUCUUGUUUUAACCAUCAUAAGAGAGCUAAACCUUCAAGGCAUCAUACCCUCCUUGAUAAACACAACAUGCCACAAAGUCUACAGGUGUCUUCACAACCUAUUCCCCAUGCUUUGCCUGGUGAUCUUACAAAACCAUGCUCUACACACAAAAAGGAAAUGAUCAAGUUCUACUGUCAUCACCAUAAUGCCCUUCUCUGCAGUGUAUGUGUAACCCUAAAACAUCAAAGCACUGCCUGCCAUGUGGACUACAUACCAGAUAUAUCUGGUAAAAUUGUCAACAGCAAUGAGUACAGAAAGCUCAUUAAAGAGAUAGACACCAUGACUGGAAUAUUUCAAGAUACAGUUGGAGACCUGAAGAAAAUAACAGAAAAAUCUAAUGCUUCUUUGACAGAUGUUCUUGCAGAAAUUAAAAAGUUCAGGAAAGAAAUCAACCAAAGGCUGGAUGCUAUGGAAAAUGAGGCUGAAAAUACAGCUAGAUCUCUGAAAAAAGACAAUGACCAAAGACUUAAGACAGUACAAACAACAUGUGAUGAUGCUAUAAAAGACCUUCAAGAAUCAUCAGACGCCAUCAAACAACUUAACACAUCAAAAGAAGCAGACACACUGUUCGUGGAAUUGAAAACUGCUGAGCAGCUAAUCAAAGAGAAUGAGAAGAAGAUCUCACAACUAACAACAACUGGAAAAGUGAAAGAAUAUUACUUUGAACCAAAUCUGGAUAUCUCUACCCUUUUUGAUAAUGAGAAAUCUCUUGGAACAUUAACUACAAAACCAUUAAAACCACCAAUAAAUGUCUCAGCCAGACUUAAAUCUAAACAGUUUUCACACCAGAGAGCAGUCAGUGUGAGUACACCACAAGAUAAAAAAGUUAGCUGGAUCACAGGAAUGACUCUUCUUACAUCUGACAUACUUAUUGCUGCAGAUUUUCCAAACAACUCAAUCAAAAUGAUUGAUAUCAACAGUUAUUCCAUCAUUGAUCAACUUAAACUAGAUAGGAGUCCCUGGAAUGUCACCACAGUCUCAAAAGACAAACUAGCAGUCCCAGCCAGCUUCAAAUGAAAUUCAGUUUGUAUCAUUUUCAUCAAACAGACUAAAACAGACAGACACUAUAGAAGUUGAGGGACAAUGCUCUGGUAUAUAUUGUUACAAAGGACAACUCAUAGCGUCAUUUCAGUCACCUGCAAAACUUCAGAUCAUUGACCUGAAAGGCAAAGUAUUACAAUCAAUCACUAAAAAUACAAAAAGUGAAGAUAUUUUCCGUGUUCCAACACAUGUUACAGCCAACAGCAGCUCUAUCUAUGUAUCUGACACGGGAAAGAACGCUGUGAUACAGUUAAACUGGCAAGGUAAAGUGACAGGUACUUAUAGUGCAUUUGGUGCUCCUGCAGGUCUUGCUAUGUUAGCAGAUGGAUCAUUCUUCCUGAGUGAUUAUCGUGUUGAUACCCGUAACAUACAAAAUAUAUCUAGUAACUGCAGUAGAAGUGAAGUUGUGUUGAAGGAUUUGAAGCAGCCCUAUGCCAUCUGCUGGUGUGAGGCCAACAAAACCUUGUACAUCAGCAGCUUCACAAGUGAUACAUCAGCAGACAACUUUAUUCAGGUUUACAAGAUGUCAUAAUAACUUCAUCAGGAAAUACCU